UCAUCGGCAGGUUCCCCUUCUUGUGUACCACGUGACGUGGCACAUAUCAGCAAUGGCGGAUAGAACGCGAUAAAAAUAAUACCAAUAAAUCUAGCUAAUACCAAUAAAUCUAGCUAACUGAAAGAUUAACUCAAUUUUUCGCAAUUUUUUUUGCCCCCAUAUACGAGGAGAAAUGACUCUCUCACUUUGGGGGUUUCCUGGUCUAAAAAUAGACCGACACGUGGUACACAAGAAGGGGAACCUGCCGAUGACCUCACGUUUCACUACCGCGCGGAAAUUAAAAGGGAAUGCCUGCCGAGGCUCCCGGGCAGGCUCGAAUCCAGACCCAGUCCUCCAUGAGCAGCCACUUUUGAUGAGAUCUAAGGAGAAAGACUUCCUCAAGACCAAAUGAAGAUCUCGGUCACGUUUCUUUGGGUAUGACCCAUCCGGAGACCCCAUCCCCACAAGACAAGUUUCUCCUUCAGAAAUCUGCCUCGCCCAGCCUCCGGCCCAUCUUCAUUUCCAAACUGGCGCAGAAGAUAAGAACUUAGAGAGGGCAGAACAGGAGGGGUUUGAGGGUGUUGGGCAGGGGGCUGCUGGUGUAUGGGGACGGGCAGCACACAUCUCUGAAGGUGAGUGAAAGCCCACCCUCACCCAUGCCGUCCCCUGCCCACACCAGUCCUCCUGCCCUCUGCAAUGGUGACAUGAUGAGACACGUUAUAGAAGAUAUCUGCUUCAUCCCACCCUUUUCUUUGUGCCGUUAUAUGAUAGAUUUGGUGAUUUGUUAGUGACCUUGAGGAGUGUGUGUGUGUGUGUGUACACACUCAUCAGUGGCAGUAGGGUGACGAUGCUGGUGUGUGGACGCGUGAGACGGCUCUACAGGCAGCUCACGCUGCAGACCAGUCUACUGCUGCUUUUCCUUUUCUGCAUGGUCAGUGUGCUCAUCUCCGCCUACUUUCUAUAUGGGGUCAAGCGGGAGCUGGAGCCUGCGAGCAUCGGAGGGGUGGAGAGUGUCGAUGACGGCGCUGCCGACUGGGAGGACUCUCAAGCCGCCACCCCGUCCGCUCCGUCAGUCAGGAUACUUCCUGCGAGGACUGUCAAGCCAGCAGACACGUCCCGUACAGACCCCGUGGUGCUGGUUUUUGUUGAGAGCCUUUACUCACAGUUGGGCCAGGACAUCGUGGCCAUCUUGGAGUCAGGACGCUUCCGCUACCAGAUUGAGAUCGCGCCUGGAAAAGGCGACAUGCCGACGCUCACCGACAAGAACAGGGGCCGCUUCACGCUGGUCAUUUAUGAGAACAUCCUGAAGUACGUCAAUCUGGAUGCCUGGAACAGAGAACUUCUUGAUAAGUACUGUGUGGAGUACGGAGUGGGCAUCAUCGGCUUCUUUAAGGCGAAUGAGAACAGUUUACAGAGCGCCCAGUUGAAGGGAUUCCCCCUCUUCUUACACUCGAACCUGGGCUUAAGGGACUGCAGCGUCAAUCCCAAAUCGCCACUCUUGCUCAUCACUAAGGCUCGUGAGAUAGAGCGCGGACCCCUGCCCGGGGACGACUGGACAGUCUUCCAGUCCAACCACUCCACCUAUGAGCCUGUUCUGUUGGCCCGGGGCAGGACAACAGAAGCUGGCGGUCCUCCAGCACUCCUGCACGCAGCCGUGGUCCAGGACCUCGGGCUUCACGACGGGAUCCAGCGGGUACUCUUCGGCAACAACCUUAACUUCUGGCUGCACAAGCUGAUCCUCGUGGACGCCGUGAGCUUCUUGACGGGCAAGCGGUUGUCACUCGCACUGGAACGCUAUAUCCUAGUGGACAUCGAUGACAUCUUUGUGGGAAAGGAAGGCACGCGGAUGAAGGUGUCCGACGUCAAGGCCCUACUGGAGGUGCAGAACGAGCUCCGAACUCAUGUACCCAACUUCACCUUCAACUUGGGCUUCUCUGGAAAAUUCUUUCAUGCUGGCACUGAUGAGGAAGAUCUGGGAGAUGACCUGCUCCUCUCCUACAGUAAGGAAUUCUGGUGGUUUCCGCACAUGUGGAGCCACAUGCAGCCUCAUCUCUUCCACAACCAGUCCGUGCUGGCUGAACAGAUGCUGCUCAACCGCAAGUUUGCAGAGGAACAUGGCAUCCCCACAAACAUGGGUUAUGCAGUGGCUCCGCACCACUCGGGCGUCUAUCCCAUUCACAUGCAGCUCUACGAGGCCUGGAAGAAGGUCUGGGGCAUCAAGGUGACCAGCACUGAGGAAUAUCCUCAUCUCAAACCUGCACGCUUCCGCAGGGGCUUCAUCCACAGCGGCAUCAGUGUGUUGCCCAGGCAGACUUGCGGUCUCUUCACACACACCAUUUUUUACAACGAGUACCCUGGGAGCCCCAAGGAGCUGGACAAACUCAUCAACGGAGGAGAGCUGUUCCUCACUGUGCUCCUCAACCCUAUCAGCAUCUUCAUGACCCAUCUCUCGAACUACGGCAACGACCGCCUGGGCCUUUAUACGUUUAAGAACUUGGUGAAGUUCAUCCAGACGUGGACCAACCUGAAGCUGCAGACGCUACCGCCCGUGCAGCUGGCGCAGAAAUACUUCCAGAUCUUUCCCGAAGAGAGAGACCCAAUUUGGCAGGACCCCUGCGAGGACAAAAGACAUAAAGACAUUUGGUCAAAGGAGAAAACCUGCGACCGUUUCCCUAAGCUGCUCAUCAUAGGCCCGCAAAAGACGGGAACAACAGCGCUCUAUCUGUUUUUGGGAAUGCAUCCUGAUCUGACGAGUAAUUAUCCCAGCAAGGAGACCUUUGAGGAGAUCCAGUUCUUCAACGGUCGUAAUUAUCACAAGGGCAUUGACUGGUAUAUGGAGUAUUUCCCUCUGCCCUCCAAUACUAGCUCGGAUUUCUACUUUGAGAAGAGCGCCAACUACUUUGACUCGGAGGUAGCGGCUCGUCGAGCUGCCGCGCUUCUUCCUAAAGCCAAGAUCAUCACCAUCCUCAUUAAUCCUGCUGAUAGGGCCUACUCCUGGUACCAGCACCAGAGAGCCCAUGACGACCCCGUGGCCCAGAAAUACACCUUUCAUGAUGUCAUCACCGCUGGCCGCGACGUCCCGAUCAAACUGAAGGUGCUGCAGAAUCGCUGUCUUGCGCCCGGCCUGUACGCAACACACCUGCAGCGAUGGCUCAGCCACUACCAUUCCAGCCAGAUCCUGGUCCUGGAUGGUCAGAUGCUGAGGACGGAGCCAGCUGCAAUCAUGGAUAAGAUCCAGAAGUUUCUUGGCCUCACAAACGCUCUCAAUUACCACAGAAUCCUAGCGUUUGAUCCGAAGAAGGGAUUCUGGUGCCAGCUGCUGGACGGGGGGAAGACGAAAUGCCUGGGCAAGAGCAAAGGGAGGAAGUAUCCUGACAUGGAUGUGGAUUCUCGACGCUUUCUUCGUGAACACUACCACGAGCACAACAUCGAGCUGUCCAAGCUGCUGUAUAAGAUGGGUCAGCCGCUGCCAAGCUGGCUACGCGAGGAGCUGCUCCACAGCAGGUAGCCAGAAACGGGCGUCGGGGGCAACACAGCCGACAACACUCGCACUCCUCCACGUGCUCCAGAGGAGACUCUACCUCUCCGAUUUCCUCUGAGUCAGCUAGAACAGCUGGAUAAGGCACAGCAGCCCUCGGAGGCCUCGUUCUGGAGGUCUGGGCUGUGAGAGGAAAAGCAACGGAGAGGGGAACGAAGGCAAGGUGCGGGGUGACGGAGACACUGACUGACUUUCCCUUGCUUUUUCAUUCCGAAAGAGAGCAUGGGUACCCAGGGAUGUCUGUCAGUACACACACACACACACACACACACACGGACCGCAUUUCCUGCGUGUUUGUUCUGCUCAGACACCUUCAAACACAAUUUGAGAAGACGUGAGACUUUUUUUUUUUUUUGGUCGUUGUUGGAACAGCACAGAAACCAACAACGGGUGAACACGAACCAAGAAGGAACCUUCAGCUCUGAAUAUUUUCUCCCAUUCAUUCGUUCAUCCGCCUUACAUGUCAUGUUGGGUUGUAAAACAGGAGCCAGUCUCACCCUGUAGUCUUUUUUUUUUUUUUUUUUUAAUUAUUCUUACUUUUAUUUUAUUAUUAUUUUUUUAAAAUCAAGUCGUGUCCUUCUCGUUACAUUACAUGCACCCCCUCGGACACAAUGUGACCUUUUAAAGUAAAACAAAAACAUCACUUUUACGUAUUUAUGGUAUUACAUACAAACUACACAAAUUAUGGUACUUUUAAUAAAUAUAAUAAUAAUAAUAAUAAGCUACAUCCAGAUUAAAUGUGAGUGUAAAUAUGGACGUGUACAGUACCUGGGGAUCCUCUGUAUUUUGUGCAGUAAAUUAAUUAUUGCCUUAAAGAAACCGAUUACUAUUCAUCACAUGACCAGAAGUGUUUGGACAUGCUCUGAUGAUAUCCGAGCUCUUCAUUAGCAUAGAUAUGAUUCCAGGAUGAAUCCCAGUGUUCCCGCAGUAAGAGUAUUACUGGAAUGUUAACUCGAAUCAGAAUAAGGUGGUAUUUUUCAUAUUUGUUAUACAGUAUUUGUUUCCUUUUUGUUUUCGUCACUACGAAUAGCUCGAGUUGGUCCUUGAGACGUAUCGGAGAAUGUAUCGCUUCCUUUGGCACAUAACGACGGUCUCUGAAACGAUCUUGUUAUGGAUUAAAUUACAACGCCCCGAAUGUAAGCACAGACAUGAUGCUGUUUAAUGGUGAGCAAAGAAUACACAGUGGAAGUGUUACACGUCUGGUUUCUUGUCAUGAAGUAAGCUGUUGUAAUUCAAAUAACGAACAAAACCUCAAUUUUUGUUUUUUGUUUUGUUUUUUUCCCCCCCCCCUGUCUGUUUUAUUUGGUGGUAUCAGUGAAGUAUUUUCAACCCCUUCUCAUCUCAAGCACAUGACUUGGCUAUUAUGAUGUUCGCUGGAUGAUCAGACCUUCUGUAUGCUUUCUGGUCUCAAGGAAGAUUUGAUUCUAUGUGCCGUUUCUACAUACAAGUCCAUAUAAUUGUCCAGAUUGCACUGGUUUCUGAGGAUAUGCAUGGGUGGACAGGUUAUGAGUUCAUUAACUGGCCUACAGGAUAAGUAAAUAUCCAGUGUGUUGUCCAGGAACCUAACUGGCCCACUGGGUGGCGUUGUUGUCGUCACCACUCACUCACUCACUCACAGCUCCAGGGUUUGAUCUCUGCACUCUGUGAAGGACAUUCGAGUUCUUCCAUUCUAACCUUGGCUGGACAUGUCUUUAUUGUUCAAAGACAUGCAUAUUCGGUAAAAAUACCCAGCUGCUUGGGUUGCACAAGCCAGUGCAUACUUGGUGCCAGUCCCAGGCCCGGAAAGAUUGAGGAGUUGAGCGUCAGGAACGGCAUCCGGUGUAAAACCUAUGCCAAAUCAGAAGGGUUGAAAAUCAAUUCUGGUUUCACCCUGUAAUUCCUCCCCUGUCACAAACUAUAUGAACGAUGUGACAAACUUAAACUGGAGCGUGCUUUGUGCACAGGAGCAUUGUCGUGCUGGAGUAGGGCUGGGCUUCUUGGUUCCAGUGAAAGGAAAGUGUAAAGCUACAGUACAGUAUUGGGAGAUAUUCUCGGUGUACUUCAGAGUUUGUGGCAACAGUCUGGGUUCGAACCGCAUAUGGGUGUGACGAUCAGGUGUCCACAUACUUUUGGCCAGCCAUACCAAAUAAAGUUUUGCAAAUAUCAAGUAGGUUUUGAACCUCUUUGGAGGGGGAGAAAAAAAAACUAGUAGCUAAGAGACGAAAGCGGUUUGUUCCACCAUCUUGAGUUUGUGUAUUUUUUUCCUGUUUAUUUUACCCCCUUUUUUUUUUUUUAAAUAAAUAAAUGCCCUCCUGUGAUGUUGGAGGAGGUCUGAUCUUAGAAAUCUGAACUUAAAGGUCAAAAUAAAACGUUUUUAACUUUGAGUCUUCAUAGAAUUAGAAAUGAUGAUAGUAUUUUAAUUAAAUUUUCUUUACUGCAAACCAAAAUGUGUGAAAAUGGCUUUUAGAGUAUGAUCUGUGAUUAGAACAGCAUUUUUAAAUUUUUUUUUUUUUUUUUUUUUUAAUGGUGUUGGUUCAUUUUGGUUCUUUUACCAAGGACUACAGGAAAUGAUUACGUACCUCCGGUUCAGUGCAUGUUCUAUCAUGAAGGUUCUGUAUUAAUGAACGAUUGGAUCCUUCGCUGAAGAUUUGUGUUCUUUAGUGAAAUGCUGUUUGGAAGGCUCUUGUUGAAGCGCACACUGACUGUCUGUAAUACUGACCCAUGCACCUUACACACACACACACACACACAGUCCAGGUCUCAGCUGGAGGAGGAGACACAAUAAAAAACUUAUCCAGCCACAUCAUGCUGUUCAGAUCUCCAUUAUGAUGAUGAUGAUGAUGAUUUGGAUUUUUUUCCCCCUUUUUUGGUCCUGAUUUCUGUUUUCCUAACUACUAAUAAUGCAAUAAUAUAUUUUCCUGACAGAGUCGGAAGUUUUGCACCGAGCACAAACCAGGUGUCUCUGUGUAUAGAAAGAGUGAGUGAGAAAAGAGACCAGAGACAUUUCCCUCUGUUUCGGUCCCAUAAUUCUGACCCCACACACACACGUGCGCACACGCACAUACACACAAAAAGUGGUUCCCAUGAACUUCACACUGCCAAUCUUGUGCUUUCUGUAUUAUACUGUAGGAUAUCAGUAGAUAGUGAUGUAAAUGAAAUAAAUUGCAAGGUAAAAUAAUCAUCCGGACUGUACAAUCAAACCUAUCAUUGUUUAAUAUUUUUUAUUGUUGGUAGCCAAUAUUUUUGUGAUUAAUUUGCAAAUAA